GCUCCCUUUAAAGGGCCAUGGCCCUUGCAGUGCACCCCUUUCUUAUUUGCAAUACGGUGGGGAGCCCAUGCACCAGCCUUGAGGUCUGCAAACGGAGGGAUGUGAAAUCCCAUCAUCCCCAGCCGGGUGGGGCGCGUCCCAGCUAGAGUUGGGCACGGGGGGGCUCGUAUCCACUGAAGAUUUAGGGGGGGUUCCUGAGCUCCGGGUGGUCGCUGUCCAAUAUAAGAGUCUGUGGGGGUCCAGUUGGCAGAAUUGGAUCUCUUUGGGGCGAGGAUCCUGGUUAAGCCUCCACCAUGUUUGGGUCCUCCCGUGGGGGUGUGCGCGGUGGGCAGGACCAGUUCAAAUGGGAAGAUGUGAAGACAGACAAACAACGUGAAAACUAUCUUGGGAACUCUUUGAUGGCCCCAGUGGGCCGCUGGCAGAAGGGCAAGGAUCUCACCUGGUACGCCAAGGGGAAGAAAGGCGAUGCAUCUUUGUCCCGCAAGGAGGAGCUGAGCGCCAUCCGGCGGGCAGAAGAAGAAGCUAUGAUGGCAGCUCUGGGUUACAAGAACGUGAAAAAGCAGCCGACGGGGCUGAGCAAAGAGGACCUCGCCGAAGUCUGCAAACGCAACGAAGGAGAUCAUGAUGAUAAGAGUGUCCAUCGUAUCAUGGGACUGGGUAGUUCACGGAAUGCUGGCGCCAGGGUGAUGUUUUCUAAGGAAGAUAAAGAAGCUGCGAAACUAGGCCUUUCCGUGUUUACGCAUCAGCCAAUGGCAAAGACCGCCAAACCCUCAACUCCUCCGCAGAGGCUGGAUGAGGAAAACAAGGCCGCAGUGUUGGAGAGCGGAGUUGUCAAGAAGUCGAAAAAGGAGAAGCAGAAGAAAAAGAAAAAGGAGAAAAAGAAACAGAAGAAAGAAAAGAAAGAGAAGAAAGACAAAGAAAAGAAGGAGAACAAAGAAAAAAAGGAGAACAAAGAAAAGAAAGACAAUAAAGAAAAGGAGAAUAAAGAAAAGAAAGAGAAUAAAGAAAAGAAAGAGAAUAAAGAAAAGAAAGAGAAGAAGAAGAAAGGGAAAGAAAAACACCAGAAGAGAGAGUCAUCCUCAUUGCACAACUCUACAUCAAAUAAUGAGAAAAGGAAACAGAAGCCCUCUCUGGAUCCUAGCCGGAGUGACAAACCCUCAUCCCCGGCCCGAGCAUCACACUCACACUCUGACCGGUGUGAACGCAACACAACUCCGACGUCUUCCUCCAAGCAGAAAAAGAAGGAGCACCGACAUCGAAGUCAUACCCAGGUCCCGUUUUCCGGAGGCAGAACUUCAGAGUCCCGGAAACGGACACGGGACGAAUCCUUAAAAUCCAUCCCCGCUAAAAGGCGGCAUGACACGGAUUCAGACAAUUGACCCCUCUUUCUAAAACAAACCAGAGUUUCCCAUCAUGUCGUUACUUUGACCCUAAAGCGGAAACCGAUUCUGGUUUGGCGCAAAAUUCCGUAUCCUUUUUCUAGGCGGGACGUUGAUUUCCCUCUGUCCGUUGUUACCGCUGCCCCAAAAGGGUCUUUUUUUUGUUGUUGUUGUUCAAAAGGAUCCUGAACUUUAACAAACACAAAAUUUAUGUUAACCGAUCAGUGGAAGUUGAUCGUUUACAAGUGCCGGGCCCAAAAUAGGAAAUUAUUUGAGGUUUUGGUGUUUUUUUUUAAACUUCUCUCCCAGAUUGAUGAAAAGAAAGCAUCCACUCCUGAUCGGUCAUGCAGAAUUUAAUUUUUUUCAAAAAAAGCAAUAGAAGGCUGAUUUCCAAAGAUCGGAGAUUGGGAAUCAGGUACAUCCCAAACAGGAGAUACAUCAGAUUGCAAAAAUCCGCUUCUGAAAUUCAUCAGGCCAAACCAAAGACAGAGGAAUGCAAACAGAUUAUGGGGUUGUUUGUUUGUUUGUUUGUUUUGUGUAGUUGCGACCAUUGGCCGAUUUCAGAAGCAACCACGGGUCUUGUAAUUACAGAACAGAUUUAAUUACAGAUAUUGUCAUUAAACUGAAUCAUUGGGAUCAGCUCAGCAUCUUCAUCCCUUUUGACGAGAAUGCAAGGUGUUGGCCACUGAUGUCUCUUCCCAGCUAUAUUCUGACUGCAAUUUUUCUUAGAUCCAAGAAUUUUCGGGAAUUAUGCCAACUCCAGAAGAAAUAGGCUGAGGAUUUUAGAAAACAGCAAAGUAUAAAUAUAUUUAGUCUUCAAGGUG